AUGGCCGCCCAGGCCCCCAUGACUCGAUGCACCUCCAACGAGCACAACGACGUGAUCAUUGACUUUGGCGACGUCGAAUAUUCAUCUGCCUCCUCCACGAUGGCCGACGACACACCCCCCGCCCCGGCCGGCUUGGCCGCCACUGUUGUCCGUGACGCCAUAGAAAUUGACUUUGACAGCGCUGCCCGUGCCGACGGAGCAACGUCGUCCGAGGAGGAGGCCUCGACUGCCACCGACCCGGCUUCCCCAGAGUCGUCUGUGACCUCGACCUCGACCGCGUCCACUCCAAAAGCUCGUCGCAUACCAUUCACAUCCGCCGAGCGUCUCGCCAAAGCCACGCCCGAUGUCGUGCCUGACGAGCCUGUACUGGUAGCCAAGUACUUUGCCCAGACACAGACACAGACAGGGACUGCUUCCGAGAAGACGGCGCUGCUAGCAAGCGAGUCGUCGGCCGGCCCUGCCGACGAAUCCACCGUUCUCUACCUCGCCUAUGGCUCCAACAUGGCCGCUUCCACCUUUGAGGGCGCGCGCCGCAUCAAGCCGCUGUCGUGCGUCACCGUCUCCGCGCCGACGCUACGGCUGACUUUUGACCUGCCGGGUGUGCCGUACCGCGAGCCCUGCUUUGCCAACACGGCCAUUCGCAGGCCGCCCAAGACGCCGCCCAAGAUCCCCGACGUGCCGGACGUGCCGGACGUCCCUGACCUCCCCGUUCCUGGCCCACCAGGGCCGCCACGAAAUCCGCCACCCAGGGUUGGCAGCCACGGCGAUCCCAUCUGGGACGGCCCGCUCUACGGCGUCGUCUACGAGGUGACCCGCGAGGACUAUGCCAAGAUCAUUGCGACCGAGGGCGGCGGCGCGUCGUACCAGGAGAUCCUGGUGCCGUGUCUGCUGGUGGCGCCGCGCAUGGGCGUGCCCGAGAAGCCCGUCGUGCCCGUGCCGCCGCGGCCCUUUUUGGCGCGCACCCUCUUUGCGCCGCAGCUGCCGGCCGACAAGAAGGCGGUCGGUCAAACGGAGGGCGGUGACGGUGACGACGAAGACGACGAUAACGGAAACGGGCUCGCUCGCCGGUGGCGCGCUUUUGUCCGCCGCCUCGUCCGCUUCGCCACCGUCCGCACCCGCCCCGACCCGGACUACGCCCAGCCCUCCCAGCGCUACUUGGGCCUGCUGACCUCGGGCGCCGCCGACCACGAACUGCCCCAGGCCUACCAGGACUGGCUCGCCAGCCUGCACCCCUACACCAUCACCUCGCGCCGCCAGGCCAUCGGGCGCGUCCUGCUGCUGGCCGCCGCGUUCCCGUUCCUCAUGCUGGUCCUCGCCGCCGGCCGGAUCCCCCGCAAAAAGGGCAGCUCGGGCCGCAUGCCGCCGGCCAUGCUCAUCGCCGUGGGCCUCGUCUUUGGAAGCGUGUGGUGGCUGUACGACCACGUCUUCCGCGUCGUCUUUGGCGACGGCGAGCGGACGCAGCCGACACCGGGGGACGCAAAGGGAGGAGACGCGAAGAGAGUCGACGAAGGAGGCGAUGAAAAGAAGAGAAUAAAGGGGUAA